AGACGUGUUUCCUUGUUUUGUUUCCUUGUUUUGCUGCAGCAACACUCUAGAAAAUAUCACCCUGUGGAUAAACAGCAUGAUGUUUAUGAAGCUAGAUAUGUCUGUGAAUGUUACUGAAUGUCCUUGAACCCCAUCAUGGUAGAGAAACUCGUGACUUCCUGUAAAUGAGGAAGGGAGGGCCUCAUGUUUCACAAGGAACAGGAAGUGAAGAGAAACUCUGAAGAACGAGCGAAUUAAAUCAAGUCUCUCGCAGUUGAAGGCCAGAAGAUGGAAGAUCAGGACAGAGCAGAACCUCCAGGACCCAUCAGUCCAUCUAUGAGGAGUGACCGGUCCAUACAUCGCCCUCCAGACUUCAGUAAUGAACCUGAACCAUCACACAGAAAGAGAAAACAGGAGGAGCAUCCAUCCUGCUGUGCUUUGGGUCAGAAUGUUCUGAUGGAUCCGGUCUGUACCAGCUGCCCCCAGUAUGGGAAACGACCCAGAACAGGAUCUGGACGGCUGACAGCCAAUCAGAGCAGCUGUGCUCCAGAACAGUUACUGGAACUGGAUCACUGGACUGACUGGUUCUGGUUUCUCUCUCCAAAAGGCCAGAAGAUGGAAGAUCAGGACAGAGCAGAACCUCCAGGACCCAUCAGUCCAUCUAUGAGGAGUGACCGGUCCAUACAUCGCCCUCCAGACUUCAGUAAUGAACCUGAACCAUCACACAGAAAGAGCAGCUUUGGUGAGGAGGAGCAUCCAUCCUGCUGUGCUUUGGGUCAGAAUGUUCUGAUGGAUCCGGUCUGUACCAGCUGCCCCCAGUGUGGGAAACGACCCAGAACAGGAUCUGGACGGCUGACAGCCAAUCAGAGCAGCUGUGCUCCAGAUAUUGUUGGUCAGUAUCAGCCUGACCUUAAAGAGUUUCUGAAGAAGAAGUUCCAGAGUCUCUCUGAAGGCGUCGCUGAACCUGGAAAUCAAACCGUUCUGAACCAGAUCUACACAGAGCUCCACAUCACAGAGGGGUUAACUAGAGAGGUCAACCAGGAACAUGAGGUCAGACACAUUGAAACAGCAUCCAGGAAACAAGAAACAAUCAGAAGAGAAGACAUCUUUAAAGUCCCACCUAGAAGAGAUGAACCAAUCAGAACAGUGAUGACCAUGGGAGUGGCUGGCAUUGGGAAAACACUGUUAACACAGAAGUUCACUCUGGACUGGGCUGAAGGCAAAACCAACCAGAACAUUGAUUUCAUAUUUCCAUUCACUUUCAGAGAGCUGAAUAUGUUGAAAGAAGAAAAGUUCAGCUUAUUAGGACUGAUUCAUAAAUUCUUUUCUAAAACCAAAGAAAUCAGCAGCUUUGAAACGUUCCAGGUUCUGUUCAUCUUUGAUGGUCUGGAUGAAAGUCGAUUUACUCUGGAUUUCAAGAACAAUCCGAUCCUGACUGAUGUUACAGAGUCCAGCUCAGUGGAUGUUCUGGUGACAAACCUCAUCAGGAGGAAACUGCUUCCCUCUGCUCUCCUCUGGAUAACCACACGACCUGCAGCAGCCAAUCAGAUCCCUGCUGAGUGUGUCGGCAUGGCAACAGAGGUCAGAGGGUUCACUGACCCCCAGAAGGAGGAGUACUUCAGGAAGAGAUUCAGAGAUGAUGAAGAGAAGGCCAGCAGGAUCAUCUCCCACAUCCAGAAAUCAAAAAGUCUCCACAUCAUGUGUCACAUCCCAGUUUUCUGCUGGAUCACUGCUAAAGUUCUGGAGGAUGUGAUGAAGACCAGAGAGGGAGGAGAGCUGCCAAAGACUCUGACUGAGAUGUACAUAGCAUUCCUGAUAGUUCAACUCAAAAUCAAGGAGGAAAAGUUUGAUGGAGAAGCUGAAGAUCCAGAGAAGAUAAAUCUGAUUGAGUCUCUAGGAAAACUGGCUUUUGAGCAGCUGCUGGAGGGAAACCUGAUCUUCUAUGACGAAGAGCUCAAAAAGUGCGGCAUCAACAUCAAAGAUGCUGCGUUGUUCUCAGGAGUGUUCACUGAAAUGUUUAAAAGAGAGAGAGGGACGUGCGACAUCUCCGUCUACUCCUUUGUUCAUCUGAGCAUCCAGGAGUUUCUGGCUGCAGUCUACAUGCUCCACUGUUUCACCAGCAGGAAGUCAGAGGUGAUCAAGACGUUUCUGGGAGAAAAAUACAGAGAAACAUCUCUAGAUGAGUUCAUGAAGAAAGUCAUGGAGAAAUCCCUCAGCAGUGAAAAUGGCCACCUGGACCUGUUUGUCCGCUUCCUUCAUGGUCUCACUGUGGAGUCCAACCAGAGACUCUUAGAAGAUCUGCUGGGUCAGACAGAGAACAGUCCAGGAACCAUCCAGAGAAUCAUCACCAACCUGAAGGAGAUGAACACUGAUAGAAUCUCUCCUGACAGAAGCAUCAACAUCUUCUACUGUCUGGUGGAGAUGAACGACGUCUCAUUUUAUCAGGAGAUCCAACGGCUGCUGGAUUCAGGGAAGAAGCUCUCAGUGACUGACUGUUCAGCUCUGGCCUUCAUGCUGCAGAUGUCAGAGGUUCUGGAUGAGUUGGACCUGAAGAAGUACAAAACAUCAGCAUCAGGACGACAGAGACUGGUUCCAGCUGUGAGGAACUGCAGAAAGGCUCGACUUGGUGGCUGUAGGCUCCAAAAUGCUGAAUGUGAAGUUGUGGCUUCGGCUCUGAAGUCCAACCCAGAUCUGACUGAACUGGAAAUAAAUCAGAUCUUCAUAAAUAAAAGUGGAGACUCUGAUCUGAAGCCUCUGGUUGAGAUCCUGGAGAGUUCAGUCAGUAAAGUGAAGAAUCUGAGAUUGUUGAGCUGCAGUUUGUCAAAGAUCCACUGUGAUUAUUUGGCCUCAACUCUGAAGUCCAAACGCCUCCAACUGACAGAACUGAACCUGAGAGGAAACAACCUGAAGUAUCCAGAUGUUCAGCAGCUGAAGGAUCUUGUAAAGACUCUUCAGUGGAAGACAUAUGUCUUAUCUCAGUAAAGUAGAGAAUGGUCUCAGUGUCCUGCUGAUCCUCAGAGGUUGAAGCUGCAGCAGUUUGAGUCUAAAGAGACUCUGACUGGAUCAUGAUGAUGACCUCUGACC